GCUUAUGUUAGAUUCUGUUUUUUCUUCAAUGAUUUAUAGGAGACAAUGGGAAAGACGGUUAAUGUGAGUGGCUUCCCACCUGAGGUGAACGCAAUGGAGGUUAGACAGUUUUUCGAGAGUAUCACUGGUUCGGGAACUAUUCACGCGAUCAGGCUUAAAAAGACUAAGCAUGGUGAAAAAUUUUAUGCGCUGGUUCAGUUUGCACAGGAGACACAUGCGAAUAAACUCCUCACGCAAUCCACCGAAGUCAACACACCCUAUCGUCUCAAUUUUCAUGAAUGGAAAUAUGAAAUUGACAGUAAAGACAAAGCUUCAAUGGAACAUUAUAUCGACGGUUUACUCAUGCAUUUUGGAUUUUUGGCGACACCAGAGAAAUUCAAAUAUCUGUACAGUGUUGGUUGUUCGUUUGGAAGUGGUAACCAGAACCUGCAUUUCUCGGCGCAUUUGAGUGAAGACUACAUCGGGCGAAUCAGUUGGCAUCUCUCACAAGAAAAGGAUUCAAAACUUCUUUUGAUUCAGUUAAAAGGAGGUCCCAAAAUUUAUGAAAACCAGAAUCAACAUGUCGAUCCUGAGUAUGAAAAGUUAAACUUCUGCAGAGGUGGGUUUGAUAACUACAGAUUUUACAUCAACUUCUCUAAUCGGUCAGUCAUCUGCCAUUGCCUUAAAGUUUCCCCGUGAGCUCAAGGUUGAUUUCAAAAAUAUUGUAAUCAACAGUUCCCUCCAGAAUUUGAUUUGCCUUUUGAGAUCUUGUUCAAUGUUAGUUCAUUGGUCCAGAAUGCGUGUUUUCCUCCCACAAGUCUUGAUACUGCUUUUUAUCAGUUUCUUGAUCCCAGAACACUUAAUUGACAGAGC